AUGGAGUCCUCCAGGCCUCACAAAUGGAGGAUCGAGGAGGAAGAAGAGAUAGCCGACGGGGACUUGUUGUAUGGGAGAUUCUGCAUCGAUGGCGUUCCGCCGCGUCAGGGAGGGACGGUGGGAAAUACCUUGCGAAGAACACUCUUGCGGCAGGACUUGUUUAGAACCUACGCAGCGGUGGCCUUCCGCUUGCGUUACCGAUCCUACAAUGUGGAUCAAGGGAAGGUCCACGUGUCCAGAGCGCAGCCUGCGCUCCACGAGUUCUCGUCUGUCCCGGGCGUUCAGGAGUCCAUGAUCGAUGUUGUGCGCAGUGUGCAACAGUUGACUGUUGCCACAGCACCGUGGCAGGCGCCCUCGGACCUUCCACUGUCUGCCAUGGCAUCUGAGCAUCCAGGCGAACCCGACGUCUGGCGCUGGGCCACGCGUCGUUGCGGGCCCUGCCCUGUCAAGGCACAAGAUCUGGACAUGGUUGACAGCUCUUCCUUCUACGAACGGCCCACCUACUUGCCGAUUGGGCAGCAGCACUUGCUGCAGAUUUCUGCCCCUGCAAUGAUCGAAUUCGAGGUUGAAGCGACGUGCGCCUCGCAGACGGAAUGGGAAAUCUCUGGGGCCUUCGAAGAGUACCGAAAGCGGCUGCGCUCUGAUCGGUGGCUUCUGGUGCCUCCCCUCUUCUCGCCUGUCAAGAAGGUGAACUACAUGGUCACCGGGAGCGACGACGACACGGAGUCGGUGCAGCUGGAGGUGUGGACCACAAAGGCAGCCAGGCCUCCGCUGAAGUGCUCGUCGCCAUGGCGACGGUGCCUCGCCGCAGCAGCUUGUGUGACAUGCUCGAUGAGCAUUGCGACCACUCUGACAGCUGAUUCGGCAAGUGUCAAGGUGCUGUCGUUCUCUGGCCACUUUCGGCGGCGAGGAGUGGUUUGGGUUCCCUUGGCAUGGCCGUGGCCAGCGCUGGCCACGGAGCUCGAGGCUGCACGGGAGCGUGUGGCCGCAGUGGCUCAGAAGCUGGAAGAGCUGGCCAACACGGAGACCUUUGCCAAGGUGGCUGCCGGUGGAGGUGAUAGCAUCAGGCGGGAGCUGGGGACCGUCGGGACGACCUCCCCCCUCUUCGACGCAGAGAAGGCCUUCAAGGCCCUGGCCGAGGAGGUGGAGGAUCCGGAGCUCUACUUUGAAACCUUGGAGAAGCUCAAAGAGGCCGUGAGCAACGCGGAUGCGGACGCCUACUCGAGCAUUUUUUCCAUGAACUCUGCGGCUGCAACGCCGCCACAGGUUUACACGGAUCGAUCCUUCAAGGACUCCAACUUGUGCUUGAGCAUGUUUGUCCAGGAACUUUACUUCGGGAAAGUGGAGCAGUUUCCUUCGAACGCGCCUGCAGGCAUCGCGGGAACAACCAGCGAUGCGGACGUUGACAAGGCACCGAAGAGUCAGUGGCGUUGCAUCUUAGCAUUGUGUGACUUUGGGAAGGGAGCCGCUUCUGAGAGCGUGGUGCUUGCUCCGGGCGCGCAGACGAUGAGUAUGAUGAUGGCCAAGAUGCCCUCGAUGAGCCGGCCAGAUUGCUCCUCCAAGGUGCCAGCCAAAACGAAGCGGGCAUUGGAGACAGCGACGACGAAGGAAUUGGCUCUCACCACAGACAUCGACGGAUAUAGCUGCAUGCCGGGAGUGGAGACGAACCUGGGUGAGCUGUUGACCACCGCGGCCCUGGAAAAGCCUGACGGCGUGUGCUUGGAGACGGAGGAUGGCUGCUAUACCUUCAUGCAGGUGGCCCAGAUGGCGGAUGCAGUCCGGAAAGUCCUGCGAAAAGCCUUGCUCACCUUGGAUCUUCCGACGGAGUCAGACUCGGAGGCACCUGAUGCACACAAGCGGCGAGCCGAUGAGCACAUAGUCACCAUUGUGCUGCCCCGGGGCGUUCAAAGCAUUGCUUCGGUUCAUGCCGUGAUGUUGGAGAAAUGCGCCUACAAUGCAUUCGACAUUGGUGAACCAGUCGAGAAGCUCCGAACCUGGAUCGAGGUCGCUCAACCUCCCGUCAUGAUUUCUUCCGAUGCCAGUUUGCGGCACUUGGGGAUUGUGGAUGUGGCAGCAGCACUGGGCGAAUUCCCGAGAAUGGUCCUAGAUGUUGAUCUGGCACUCCAGAAGGCAGUUGGCAACUCCUUCCCACAUCGUCCAAGCCACUCACCAGAAGAUCAUGACAGGUUGGCCUAUCUCAUCUUCACCAGUGGCUCCACGGGCAAGCCGAAAGCAGUCAUGAUCCGGCACAAGUCGGCACUGAACGUCGUUCGCAUCUGGGGCAGGUAUGUGGGCCUGAACGACAGGGAUCGGUUUGCGCAGGUGGCCUCGAUGUCCUGGGAUGUCCAUGUCAUCGAGGUUUACGGAACCAUGGCCGCCAGAGCGACGAGCGUCACAUGCCCGGACAUGGUCAAGAAGGGUCCCGACAUGCAAGCGUGGUUGAAGGAGAGACACAUCACUGGCAUGAGUGUGGUGCCCUCGCACUUGCGCACCAUGGCGGGUGGAGGAGCCGAUGUGUCUCGGACGUCCGGCGGGCUUCCACACCUGCGAAUCCUUGAUGUCGGUGGCGAAGCUCUGGGUGCAGAUGUCGUGGAGACCUGGGCACCAGGACGCCAGCUCUUCAACAGCUAUGGACCCUCAGAGAUUUCUGUGGUCUGCACCGGUGGCUAUGUGAAGACUGGCGAUGUGAUCACGAUCGGUGCACAGCUGCCAACGUAUCAGUGCUACAUCUUGGAUCCGGAGACAAUGGAAGUGAAAGCAGAGGGCGAGCGUGGUGUCCUCUUUGUGGGAGGCAUUGGCUUGGCCCGAGGCUACCUGGAAGAGGAGGAGAAGACAAAGCUCAAGUUUAUUGAGUUGCCCGAUAUCGGCCGAGUCUACAACACGGGAGACCUGGCGUCUCGAGCAGUGGACGGGCGCAUUCACUACCAUGGCCGAGUGGACUGGCAGGUGAAAGUGCGGGGCAUCCGAAUCGAGUUGGAAGCCCUGGAGCAGGCCAUCACGGAACUCCCCAACGUGAAGCACUGCGAAGCUCGGGUCUUGGACGGGCAGCGCCUGGCCGCGGGCUCAGAGGGUGUCAAGGUGUUGCUGGCCUCGGGUGCUGCAGAGCUGUCGGAGGCAGAGCUGAAAGCCACCGCGGCUGCCCUGGGACGCGGCUACGUUCUCAGCCAGGUGAAGAUCGUGGAGAACGAUGCUUGGAAGUUCAACACUUCCGGCAAGCUCUUGCGCAAUGCCGUGCCGCUGGAUGAUGCUACUGGUAGCGGCGGCGGAGAAGAGCAGAAGACAGAUGCCUGGGAUGCAUUCGUGAAAGAAGGGGCCUCUGACCUUGAGCAAGAGAUUGCAGCCUGCUUGGCUCCGCAGUUGGGCCAGAAUCUGGACAGGUGGGAUCGCAACUCCCACUUCAUGGAGGACCUUGGGGUGGACUCCGGCGGCUUCGGACGCCUUAUUUCCCAGAUGCGAAUGCGGGCUUCGCUGCGGCAGGUGGACCUUCAGAUGCUCUUCGACCAUCCUACAGCACGAUCGCUGGCCGCUGCACUGGCCGUGUCCAGCAACGACUCCGACUCCGAGGAUGAAGAGGGCAAUGGCCUCCCUGAUUCCGAUGCCCUUUUGCAGGGUGGCGUGUCCCAUCUCGAGGCAACGCCUCAUGCGGUCUGCGCAGAGGCUGGCUGCCAUAGCGUCACCUACCGCCAGCUUUUCAAGUUGGCUGCUGCUUACCAGCAGCUGCUGCAUCAGAACUUGAAGACGCAUGAGGCAGCGCGGGGGAGAUGCGUGGCCAUCUGCUUGGACGUGCCAGAGAGGAUGUCAGCCGUACUUGCUGUGCUCAGAGAGGGCUGCACAUUUUGCGUGAUGGAUCCACGCAGCAGCGGCAGCACCAUCAUGGAGCAGCUCCGCUUGACGAAGCCGGGUCUACUGCUGGCCACAAAAGCCGACCAUGCAACGUGGAUGCGGCUGGAGGGCCACUGCAGGCUGCUGGCCUCGGAAGUCGGCGGCUGCACGGUGCUGGACGUCAGUGCCUCGGCGCCACCUGCCAAGCAACGGGCAGUGCUGCUGCAGGCGGUCUUGGCAUGGCAGCAGGAGCUCCACUUGGACCACACUGGCAGGGUGCUCUCAUGCCUUCAAGCUGGCAGUGUCGGUGGCCUUGUGGCCCUCCUCAGCUCGCUACAUGCUGGGGCCACGCUCCUGAGCCCAAGCCCUGCAAGCCCUGAGCUCUUGCAGAAGCUUUGUGUGACUCGCGCAAGUGUCUUGGCCUGCGAGCCUAGCGACCUCGAGAUCCUCGCGGCCAGCUGGUCUCAGGAGAACGGGCACGCGCGGCCGCAGCAGCUAUCAGCCGUUUGCGUGCAGGAGCUGACUGGGCAGUUGCCGCCCUGUCGCUGGGCUCCUAGUCAUCUCCGGCUCUUGCACAUCGGCGUGGCCUGGGCCACGGCACUGCCCAGAAUGGAUGCCGUCGACCUCCGGCCCAGCCUGUGGUGGUGGCAGCACGUUUGGUCGUGGCUGAGCGGCUGCUGCUGCCACUGUCCUUCGUCAUGCCAUUGUGGAUCUCCUUCCUUCCUUCUGUUGGCCCUGCUAUUUCUGGAGCAAUUCGUGCGUGUCGGAGUCCUAGCCAUCUUGAAGUGGCUGCUCAUCGGCCGCUACAAAGAGGGUGAUCACGAUAUUUACAGCUUGAUGUACCUGCGACACUGGCUCGUGGAACACGUCGCCAAGGGGACGAUAGUAGGACAAAGCGCCCAUCAGGGCAGCAGCAUCGCCUUCUUGUUCAUGCGCAACCUGGCCCUCAAAGCCCUUGGCGCGGAUGUGUCCUUGUCCUCUGUGAUCACGGCCCGGGUGGUGGCAUAUGACUUGGUGAGUGUUGGCGACCUGGCAACCGUCCACGGGCCCAGGCACUUGACGGCGGUGAACUACGGCACCCGGCGCAUGGUCUUGAGACGCGUGAAGGUCGGCGCGGGUGCAUACGUGGGCCCCAAUUGUACACUGGAGCCCGGCUGCGAGGUCGCGGCGGCCGGCUAUGUGGAGCCGCUGUCCACCGUACAGACCAAGGUUGUGGUCGAAGGCCGCGUCUGCGGCGUCCCAGCACAGGCGGUGGCUGGCCCCGAUGCAUCCCGGUUGCCGACGAAGGAAGAGGCCCGCAGCUUCCGCUGCAAGGCAUCGGCCUUGGCACUGGGCUACUACUGGUGUCUCUUGCUUCCAAAAGCAAUGAUGCCCUUCCUGGGCCUCAUCUUUUUGCAGCUGCUUUGCGACUAUCCCUUCAACCCGCCUGAGCGCAUUGAAGAACGCACGAUGCACAUCGAGCGCGCAGACGUCCUACCACCAGAGCUCUUCAGCGCGUUCCAGUGGGUUCCGCUUAUCGCAUUUGGA